AUGUCUACUGCGGUGCACGAAAGCGCUGUUGACUUGGACAAGAGAGCUCAGAAGCUCGCGUCGGCGAGAAAGAAGCUGCACACAUACCGUGCCUCUCGGUCUUCUGCAGACAGCCACCCAUCACAUACUCGUCAACCGUCCCCGCACAAGAUGCCUCUCACUACAGAGGCCAGCACCAACACCCCUGCCAUGCCCCAACACAAACGUGAAGGCUCCAAGGGGCAGGAAAAGGACUUUGAGGAGCCUAAAAUGCUCAAGGCUCGGCACCGGCGGUCUGACAGUCAGGCACACAGACGACAACGGUCUUCGAUCAGCUUGUCCACCAGUGGCCAAGGGUUGUCGAGGCCCUCCGUCAUGGGAGUGUUUGAGAGCCCAAAGGAGCAGGAGGGACCGUCUUCGUUGAUAUCUGAGGAAGGCCAGGGAGGCCAUGACUUUGGAUACGAGGAGGCCGCCGCUCGCCUCUCGUCAUUCUCCUUUGGAUCUAAACCCAUGCCUGCCCGUGGGGGGUCGUUUCCACCCAAACGUCGGUCCCACAGCCGCCAACCCUCCGCACCCCUCUUUGACAUGGCUGCCGCCCCUCUCCCCUCUCCGACAUCUCCAAAUCGCCUGUCCACCCCAUCCUCCCGUCCUCCGAGUGUAUUGCUCACCCGACCUACCCCAGGCCUUUUGCCUUCUCCCAAUUCUUUAGCUGGACCGAGCCGCGUUGGUUCUCCAUCUUCCCCGCCUACUCCCGUGAGGAGAAGGCAACACUCGCACACCCGCUCCAACUCGAUCUCCCUGCCCAAUCUCAAACUUCAAAAUGCCCAAGUUCGCCCAACCUCUCUUGGUGUUCCCAUAUCACCUGGCUUCUCGCCCCUUACAUCGCCAGUGUCGCCCAACGGAGACAUUCCUGGCAGACCGUCGAGAGUAGGCCCUCUCAAUGGGCAGAGACUCAAGUUUGAGCCUUCCGGACGUGGAGCAGAGGCCGAAAAGGAGAGAGAAGAGUCGAGGAAGCAAGCUCUGGAAAAGCUCACGGGUGCGCCUCUGGAGAUAUCGAGAUCUAGAUCACCUGUGGUUGAAAGCCCGGUAAACGAGAUCUCUUUGCCUGAUUUGGAUGAUGAAGAUGUCGAAUCGGUAGCGUCUUCCGCCCGACCUCUUUCCGGUCUUGGAGGCUCAGGCUCCUUUUCGUGGAGCACGCAGUCUUCGUUGUCUCUGCCCCUGUCGGCUGGAUCGUCAAUGUCAUCUCCUCUGGCAGCGAGUCCAUUCUCGUGGGCUUCUCCUACAGACGAGAGGGCGUUUAGUGACAGACCACUUUCUGGCAUCGGCUUUGGCCUCACUUCUUCGCUCCCGGCACCUGUUCCCAUCAAAGAAGAGUCUCUUCCGUCUUUCGGCGAUUUCAUGAGCAAGCAAGGCAAGCGGCCAAGUAUGAAUCGUCAGCUGAGCGCUUUGCAAGAAGUCGACGAAUCGGAAGAAGACGAGGACACGGAGCUGGAAGACGUCAAGGAAGAAGAGGAAGAGGAGGCCCAGCAUUCAUUUUGGCCCUCCAUCAUCGUCCCCACCUUGCCCACCAUCCACGCCCAGCCGGCGCCAGUCCCCGCGUCGGUAGUAUCUCCAACUGGCCUGCGCCAAUUGCGCCUGGUCUCGAGUGUUGCUUCGUCGCGCGAAGCUUCCUCGCCCGCAGACUCUCAUCGCUCAUUUCCAAUCGCUCAUGCCACGUCGCCGCCUGCUAGCAUCUCGUCAGCUUUGACUCACGGUCCACCUUCGCCUACGAAGAGCUACGGUACCAUUGGCCGAGGACGACCAAAGCCUGUCUCCAUGUUGCAAUCCGAAGCAGAGGACACGCCGAAAAGAACCCUACCGCGAAAGUCGACGCCGGGAUCUGGGAGUCGAGGGAGCUCCAUAUCUUACAAGAAGGACACCUCCAGUUCUACCGGGUCUGCGGAUCUGGGACUGACUAGCCCCCCUGCCGCCAUCCGACCACUGGGAAGUCCUACCAAGAAGACAUGGGGUAGACCUUGUCCCAGACCUCGCGGUCUUGCUGGUGACGUUGGCAGCGGCCGCGUUCUCAAUGAAGUCGACGAGGCUGACGAGGAAUACCCAUUUCCUCGCAUUCCCUCCGGCCCCUCUGCUCCAGCACAGGAUAAGCGUCUCUCCAUCUUCUCCGCCAGUUCCGAGCGCGUUUCUUCUGAACUCUCGCGAGAGUCAUUUGAGCAGUCCCGAGAGCAAGACAGAUGGAGGGAUGUGCAGUUGGAAAUGGAAAGGGAGAAUCAGCAGCUGCGGGAUGAUGUAGAGUUCUGGAAGGGGAAGAGUAUGGGGUUUGAGGAGCGAUAUGAGAGUGAGAGGAGAGAGGGGAUGGUAUUGCGUGAACGUGUGAGGAAAUUGGGCAACCGCCUGUCGAGUAUCUCGUCUCUUCCCACCGAGCGCCAGUCGUUCGAGUCGUCAGCUCAUACCGCCGAGUCUCGCAUGGUCGCAGAAAUGCGCGAGCAGCUCUUCCAGCUCACCGGCAAACUUGAGCAGGAGCGCAAAGCCAAAGAGCUUGCUCUGGCACAGCUCAGAAUGGUCAUGGCCCCAAGAAACGAGAAAGAGGUCGAGACGGAAGACGCGCCUGAAUUGCGCUGCGAUAGGAGUGAAAGCCAGAGAGACAGUACACCUAGUAUUGUCACUCCUGAUCCAGACAGCCGUGCGCCUAUAUUCCCGGCUGUCACCAACCCUGCGCAUGAGCAACUCUCUAUCACAUCUGGCGCCGAGAAACGCCUCACGCCUGACCUCUCCACUCGUUUCAGAGGCUGGGGCUUCCCAUCUGGCCCACAAUCCACGUCCUCAUCCACAGAAGGCACCCAAACGAGCCUGGCGAAGAAGCGAGAAUCCUUCUUCGGCUUAUCCAACCCUCUGCGUCGCGCGAGCAGCGAUGAUGCUCCUGCCUCUCGAUCUGGUGUGGACCUGCCGCCAUUUGACAUUGGUCUUGGCACCGAGCUUGGACCUGAUAUGCAUGGGCAAGCGAAGAGAGUUGUAUCCGACCCUGCAAACCCUUACUCCCUCUCGAUGCCUACUAUUGCGCCUGGUAAGCAGUCCGGAGGGUACGUGGGCUUUGGUUUGCCACAGUACCCUCAGCCGAGCGUGCAGGCGAGGCAUCAUCAGGAGCCCGAGUAUGGGUAUGGCGAAACGACUGGUGUGAAGAAGCCGCUGGAUUUCUCGAGGACGUGUGAAUGUUGCGUGGGGGAAGUUAUCGAAGUCUAG